GAUAUACACUCACCGUAUAAAUACCGAAAUAAAUAAAUAAAUAACCACACACUCUCUCUCUCACACACACACACUAACCUAAACACUCCAACACACACACACAGAGCUGUGUCAGUCUCCGCGCGCGCGUACGCACACACAAACACUGGGCUGGGCUUCCACUGGGCUGGUGCAGAUCCCGGCUCGGCGGACAGGCUGACCGCCCCGCAGCCCCGGAUACCCCGACACGACAACACGCGCGCACAGAGAGCAGCAGAUCAAAUAUAGGGAGGGGGGUAUCGCCGCGGUUUGGGACACAGCCGCUCCAUUGAUGACACACACUCUCUCUCUCUCUCUCACACACGCACGCACGCACACACUGAGGCGCGGAGCCGGAUCUCUCUGGGUGUGUUGGUGCGUGUGCGCGCCUGACUGAGUGGCUGAGCGUGCGUGUGUGUUUUAGGGUGGGGUGGCGGGGGGUGUACAGGGACACUGGAAGGCCCGGACAGUGUGUGAGAGGCAGUGUGUGAGAGAGGAUGAGAGUGUCAAAGAGUGUUUAGGUUACGGCUUGGAUUCGUGGUCUGUGUUGGAUUGGUGGAGGAUGGGAGAGCGCGAGGACACGGCAAAGCACGAGGGGCUGUGGAAAACACCUACAUAAUACAGGGCAGUGAUGCCGGGCAUGGUGAUGUUUCGGCGGCGCUGGUCAGUUGGCAGUGAUGACCUGGUGCUGCCUGCUCUCUUCCUCUUUAUACUGCACUGCAUAUGGCUGGUGGUCCUGUCCGUGGUUCUGUUCGGCCUGCCGUACGGUUCGGACGAGUCGUGCUCCGUCACGCUGGUGGACCACGGCCGUGGCUACCUGGGGAUCCUGGUGAGCUGCCUGAUCUGUGAGAGCGCCAUCAUGUGGCUGAGCAUGAGGGGCAGCAUCCUCUACACUCAGCCUAGAGAGGCCGUGCAGUACGUCCUCUACAUUCGACUGGCCAUCCUACUGGUGGAGUUGGUGUACGCUGUGGUCGGCAUCGCCUGGCUGGUGCAGUACUACCAACCCUGCUCUGAUGACACUGCCAAGAACCUCGCUCUGGGAAUCGUGGUGUGUAACUGGUUGGUUAUCUUCAGUGUGUGUUUCACCAUGAUGUGCACAUUUGACCCCACGGGCCGAACAUUUGUCAAGCUAAAAGCCACGCGCCGACGACAACGUAACCUGACAACGUACACGCUUAGAGAAAUCCCAAACCUGUGCUGGACUCUGGCUCUCCAGGACCGAAGUUACACUCCUCUGACUCUGUCGCUCAGGCACAGGUUGGAGGAGGGGCAAGCCAGUAGUUGGAGUCGGAGGUUGAGGUUCUUUAUGUGCUGCACCAGAGCGCAGGACUCUCAGUCUGAUGCGUACUCCGAGGUGGCCAGUCUGUUUGCGGAGUUCUUCAGGGAUCUGGACAUCGUGCCCAGUGACAUCAUCGCUGGCCUGGUGCUCCUCCGACAGAGGCAGAGAGCCAAGAGAUCUGCCAUUCUGGACCAGCCAAACAACGAUAUUCUAGCCUUCCUCUCUGGAAUGCCUGUAACACGCAGCACACGCUACCUGGACCUCAAGAACUCGACGGAAAUGGCCAUGUAUAAAGAGGUGUGUUACUACAUGCUGUUCGCGAUGGCUGCGUACGGCUGGCCCAUGUACCUGCUGAGGAAACCAGCCUGCGGACUCUGCAGACUGCUCAGCUCCUGCACCUGCACGUCUGGAUCUGGCUCUCGUCUCUCUCAGUCCGUCACAGUAGAGGAGGAUAACUGCUGUGGUUGUAAUGUUCUGGCCAUCCGUCGCCAGUUUCUGGACCGAGACCUCAAACAGGUCCAGAUUGUCUACACAUCCUGCCACGAUGCGGUGUAUGAGACACCGUUCUUUGUAGCAGUGGAUCAUGGGAAGAAGAAAGUUGUCAUCAGCAUCAGAGGAACACUGUCACCUAAAGAUGCUCUGACUGAUCUCACUGGGGAUUCAGAGCGUUUGCCCGUUGAGGAACAGCAUGGGGUCUGGCUCGGGCAUAAGGGAAUGGUUUACUCCGCAGAGUACAUUAAGAAGAAGCUGGAGCAGGAGAUGAUCCUCUCUCAGGCCUUUGGGAGAGAUUUGAGUAAAGGAACCAUGCAUUACGGGCUGGUGAUCGUGGGCCACUCCCUCGGUGCCGGAACCGCCGCCAUUCUCUCCUUCCUGCUCCGCCCACAGUACCCCACCCUGCACUGCUACUCCUACUCUCCGCCCGGUGGGCUCCUGAGUGAGGAUGCUAUGGAGUACUCUAAAGAAUUUGUGACAUCGGUGGUGUUGGGAAAAGACCUUGUGCCCAGGAUUGGUCUUUCUCAGCUUGAGGGUUUCCGUCGGCACCUGCUUGAAGUCUUACAGAAAAGUGAUAAGCCAAAGUGGAGGAUUAUUGUCGGGGGUACUAAGUGUAUUCCUAAGACUGAGCUGCCGAUGGAAGAUGACCCGCCUUCUCAGGGUGUGACUCCCUCCAACUCCCGCCUGUGUUUACACCCCAGUGACCUGAGCAUCGCCCUGUCCGCCUCCACCCCCCUCUACCUGCCCGGCCGCAUCAUCCACGUGGUCCACAACCACCCCCCUGAGACCUGCUGUGGUCAGGAAGACCCCACAUACUCGGCUUUAUGGGGUGAUAAUAAAGCCUUCGAUGAGGUCAUCAUCUCUCCGGCCAUGCUGAAUGAGCACAUGCCUCACGUGGUGAUGGAGGGCCUCAAUAAGGUUUUGGAAAACUAUAACAAGGGGAAAACGGCUCUCCUGUCGGCGGCGAAGAUCAUGGUCAGUCCUACAGAGGUGGACCUGAAUGCAGAGACCAUAUUUCUCGGAGCCUCCAACUCCCAGCAGCCCUCACCGCCUGCACACCACCGCAGAAACAGCAGCGUGCGUUCCUGCGCACGCUCAGAGAUUUCCCUGGAUGGAUUUUCGGAGUGUCCUCCUCCGCCCAUCCCCAUCGUGCUGACUGGCGCCCGCGAGAGGCUGACCGUGGAGCUGCGUGAGCGCAAGGCGCCCCUGGCGGUGAUGGAGAGCCUUUCAGACGUGGACUCCGUCUACAGCCUGGACUCUCGCCGUUCCUCCGCUGCGCUGAGGGGUUCGCCGUGCCUGGGCUCGCUCUCCUUCCCGCUGGAUGCUCCGAUCCCCGAGGAGAACCCGUCUCUGAGCUCCCGCACCGAGCUGCUGCCUGCCGACGGGCUACUCCAGGCGUCUCCGGAGCACGAGCUCGGGGAGUCCGGACCCUACUGCCCGACCCCACCGGAGCUGACCGUUCCCUCGCAACACCUCCUGCCCAAAUCGCUGCACCACAGUGGCCACGUUCCCCCACUUCUGCUCGGACAGACGGCCAUCAGUCAGCCGGCCCACCAGCAGAGGGUGGUCUCUCGGCCUUCUUCACAGGUGUUCGAAGCGAAUCAGCGGUUAUCCAUCAAUAACAGCCAGGAGAACAACCCCAGCACUCCCUGGACUGGAACUGUGGAGGAGGAGUGUGGGGAGGAUGAGAGGGAUGGAGAUCUAAGGUCGCCCCCUGCUGUCUCAGAGGACAAAAAACAGGUAGAUAAUCGAGCCGAGGUCAAAGUGGACAUGGAGCGCGGGAUGUCCCUCACCACUCCACUCUCCAACGGUAACCCCAGUCAGGCUGUACUGGAAUUUGCCCAGUACCUGGACUCCCUCUUCAGGCUGGACGGCAGUGGCUCUCCCCCGCUGGAGCUUUCUGAUGGGGAAUCGGAGUCUGGCAGGGGAUCCUGCAGUCAGGCGGAGGGUCAGUGCGAUGAUCAGCGCACGAAGGGUGCGGACAGGGACAGGCAGCUACUGGUCAGGGCCACGCUGGAGCCCAAUCUCGUCCCCAAACCUCCCCGCACCUUCGCCGGUUCUGCGGACCCUUCGUCCGGCAUUUCGCUCUCUCCGUCCUUCCCUUUGUCCUCGUCCGGAGAGCUGAAUGACCUUUCACCCCCCGAAGGUUCGCUACCGGUCAACCACUCUGCUCUACGAACUUCCACUGCCUGUCCUUACCCCGAGGACACGUUAUCGUCCAUGGUGUGAGCAACCCACAGACUUACCCACUACCCUGCUGGUGUAUGUACACUUCGGCUCCAAAAUCUGGAAUCACUGUUUUAUUUUAGAUACAAAAUCAUUACAAAUAUUGCUGCCUGCCACAUGGGGGCGCCGUGCUGCCAUACUGAAGUAGCUCUGCACAAAACAACCAGACAUCCACACAGAGUCUCAUUUUAUUUUCUGUUUACGUUUAAAUCAGUAUAUUGUGUCAGUAGAGAGUGUGUGGUGGCCAGAUUUUGCACAGAUAAAAUUGCAAAAAUGAAUAAGAGUGAAUAUCUCUCAGUUAACUCCUGAAAAUAUUCAAUAUGAGGCUCAAAUAGCAUUUAAUGUCUAGAGUGAAGUUCUAUUAACAUUUCAUAUACAGGAUGAGUUUUUACUAAAACAAAUAUCCAGAAUAGGGUUCUAAAAAAAGUUCUAAUGAGAUUAAUAACUAGAGUACUUUGUAUGUUAAAGUGGUGAUCAAAUCGUGAAACAGGAAACGUGACCAUCCUCAGUAUAGGAUGUAUAAGAUAGUAGAUUUCUGUCAUCAAUGUAUUUAAAAACUAAAAAGCUUCAUGUUGAAUCAUUUCAGUCUACACUUUUUACGCCAUCUGCACUGUGUCUGGAUGUCAACUAUUAUACAUAUAACAUUACAAACAGUGAUUCCAAACUUUUGAACAGCAGUGUAUAUUACACCCUUCCCUCCCUGAACAAAAGCAGUGGGUGCAUUUUCCUUGCUUUCUCGGACGAGCUCGUAGAAACCUGCAUGCGUAGCAAUGCAACCAGCCCACAACAUCCAGGCCAGGCGGGGGCGUCGGAGUCACAGCGCGCAGGAUAAACCUCACUUUCUUACUGUCCAGAUGUUUUCCACACUGAAUGCAGUCUGCCUCGCGCAUCACUGUUACACUUACAGCCUCCCGCCUCACGGGGGCGCCGGGCUGCUCCUAUAAAGACAUUAAAAACACAUUAGCGCUGCCGUACGGAUAAAGCUUUGCACAAAACGACCAGAAAUUCACAUCAACUCUAAUGUUAUCUUAUGUUUACAUUCAUAUCAGCGCCACUGAUAGUAGAGUGUGUGAAGUUGCCAGAUUUGCAGGGAUUCCUCUCACAGGGGACGAGACACGGAUGGCCAAAAGGGACAGUGUGUUUUAAAGGGGGAGAGGUUACUGUUGGUUUUGAUCAUUUCUGCAUAAUUUAGAGGUUGAGAAUGAGGCAUUCAGAGCGGGUUUGGUGAAUGGAACCAGACUGCAACAUAAAUAUAGCCUUUCUGUUACUAUCCAGUGGGAACUGUUACACUGUUGUUUUCCUGCACAGAGAUUAAGCCUAGUCUGAGAUUAUUAUCUUUUUCAGGAGAGACCCCUUCCUGGGAAACCAGCCCAAAAUAUUUUUCGCACUAUAAGGCACACCAGAUUAUAAAGCUCACUAUCAAUAAAUGCCUAUUUUCUGGUCUAUUACAGUGCGUAAAAUAUAAAAGGAUUUCUGUGCCGCAUGGCGCCCUGCAUACGGUGUAUCCCCCCACUAUUUUAAUAAAAUGUGAUUUCAAAACAGAUUUUACACCUGAAAUCUGUCUUCUCUAAAAGGCAUUAAACAGUUCAGACAUCUGCUCCUAUUCACCACCACUGUGAACAGUCCGGCACGUUUCUCCAGAACGCAGCAUUUAUCACUAAACCUACUCUGAAUGACUUUGUUUACAUUGGUUUAAUGAUGCGGAAAUUUUGGAAACAUGCUUGACUACCCCUUUAAUAAAGAGAAGCUAAUGCAAGAGAUUUGUAAUAAGGUGACGUUUCCUCAGGUUUUUAACGAACAGAGAUGAAGUAAAGUGGGUCUAAAUGGAACCCUGAUUUUUUAAUUUACAUUUUGGAGUGAAGGAGAUUUUGUGUGCAAUGUUCUGCUGAGUACAGCACGCUAAUGCUAACGCUAACGGGCGGCACUCCAGACUGUGCCUGUUGAAGCGCAGGGGCCAUUUCUGAUUUCUGAUUGUGUUAUGGUGUGCAUGAGAAAAUAACGAAUGCCUAUUUGUAAUAAUUAAUGAAUUCUUUGGUCAUUUUAUUUACAUUGUUGAUCCUUAUAUAAACACAAACACACUUUAAAGCUUUUUUUUAUUGUUUUGUUGCCAAAAGUAAACCCUGCCAAAUAUACAGUAUGUAGGAACUAAUACUGAAAUCAGUUUAAAAUAAGAUUAAUGGGAUUAAUAGAUCUUUAUCAGCACAAGUUUGACCUGUUUUCACUUUUAGAUCCACGUUGUAACAGUGAGAUGAACUGGAUGGCAUCAGGCAUGUACCGAACACUAAAAACCACCACAAUUCUCAAUCCCUUCUUCUUCUACUUCUUCUUUAGGCCAGACUGUCUUUAUUAAAGCGCUCGUUUCGUUACGCCUGAGCGCGGACUGCAAAAGAAGAUCACGCUCAACCAGAUCCAGUAGCAAACUGAUAUUUUUUAGGGAGUCUCAUCUGCAUUUUUAUCAUUUCUACUGUUGUUGUUAUAUUACAAUAAUUGGUGGUUUAUUAUCAUUAUGAUGAAUAUUUUAGUAACUGUUACAGUUUGACUUGCCUUUUAUAUUAUUUCUGAAUGAAGUUUUUUUCUUUCCUGUUUUCACUUCAGGCAUUUUGGCCUUUUUUAAUAGCAGGAACACGUUGUGUCCGUCUGGAGGGAAAAGUACAGCAGUGGGCCGAAACACUACAAACCAAAUUUAACACUAAUAUUAAUACACUUUAUUUAUAAAGCACAUUUAAUACAUGUGAAUGCGGCUCAGUGAGCUUUAUGGAGUCAGAAACUGGAUUUACACUAGAGUGCAUUAAUGAGAAUGAUGAAUUUCACACUGUUAGUGUUUUAUAACUAAAUUAAGUAGCCCCGCCCCAAAUGCUAAUGACUUCAAAUCCUUCUUUGUGUGAAGCUAAAAGAAGGAUUCUUGGACUCGUUCAGGAUCAUACAGGAUCUUUGAGCUGUAUACACUGAUAUGCCAGAUGUCAGGGGACAUAGUAGAAUUAUUACAUCCCAAGAACGCUGCUCUGACCUGUGGAAUAUGUGGGUGUGGUCUCCUCCACUUACCUGUGGGAUAUGUGGGUGUGGUCUCCUCUACUGACCUGUGGGAUAUGUGGGUGGGGUCUCCUGCACUGACCUGUGGGAUAUGUGGGCGGGGUCUCCUGCACUGACCUGUGGGAUAUGUGGGCAGGGUCUCCUGCACUGACCUGUGGCAUAUGUGGGUGUGGUCUCCUUUACUGACCUGUGGAAUAUGUGGGCGGGGUCUCCUACACUGACCUAUGGGAUAUGUGGACGUGGUCUCCUCUACUGACCUGUGGAAUAUGUGGGCAGGUGAUUACAGCCAGAAGCUGUGGGUCACCAUCAUUACCCCCCACUGCACUGUCCACUGUGUUCAUCCUUCAAAGAAACGCUUUAUGUCCAAGUUACAAACUGCUAUCCCGUGACUUUUGGCAUGGCAGUGUAGUUCCAUAUAGAACCACAUUUUCCAAAUAAUCUUUCCAAAAACGAUCCAAACAAACAGCAAAUACUGUUUCUCUAGGGACUAUUUUUUGCUGCACAACUCCCUGUGUGUAUCCCUCCUCCAUUUUAAUAUUAAAAAGGGUUUAGAGGAUGACUGGGCAAGUUUCCCUAGAUUGGAGGGAUUGAGAGAAAAAAUUUAAUGAGUUUUUAAGAUUAAUUUAAUUAGGCAGUAAUAAACCACAGUGUGGAAUAUAUUGGGGUUAACGGUUAAACUAACACACACUCACACACACACACACACACACACACACAGAAAGACACAGGUGUUCUAUAUAUUAUAAAUCGGAAAGGCCUCACAGCUGUGCUUUUCAAGGUGGUUUUGUACAGCACUGUCUUUAUUAUGUGAUUUAUUUAAUUUUAGGUAUAAACCCGUAUUAUUUUCAGUCAUUGAAAAAGAAUCCAGUGGGACAUUAUCAAGAAUAAUGGCUGUAUCAUGUAUCAUAGUGAUGACUUUAUCUGAAAUCUAUAGCUAUAUUGAUCAAUAUAUAUAUAUAUAUUAAUAUAUAAUUGAUAUAUAUAUAUAAAAUAAAUGGGAACAAACUAUUUAUCUGUGGAUAUUUUGCUGAUUCAAGAAAAUCAAUGAUGUAGCCAUUGGUCUUCAGAAGAAACACAUUUCUUUCUAUUGUCGCCAGCUACCUUAUCAGUCCUUACUUUUCAUGAAUGAGAAUGUAUUUAAGAUCUGCCUGCACACACACACAAACACACACUACCCUGCCUGUAAAAAAUAAAACAGUACAGAUUUCAGACAUA